CAAAAAGAAAAACCAACCCAAAGAGCUCAACUCCAUUUUCAAACAUCUAGCCCUGUCUGCUCGCAAUGGAAGAUACUUAUCAAGUCGCAUCUCUCCUUGGUUGUCCUGAGGAUAUUCGCCACUUGAUCUUAGCAUAUCUCUCCCAAGCCGACCUUCGCAGUAUUUGCCUUGUCCAUAGGCAUGUGCAUACCCUUGCCGAACUCUAUCUGUAUUCGGAAAUCCACUUCGCCUGGCAGGAAUCUCAGCCUCACCCUAUCACGUCACUGCUACGAAGCAUCUUACGUCGACCUCAGCUAGCGACCUACAUCCGCAGAGUUAUGCUAGUCGGAGCUUCCUUUUACAUGCCCCAAUACCAAGGAAAAGCUCCCAAAAUCCCAGUCUCCGAGCCCGAACUGGAGGAGCCUCUGGCGUUUGUGGCGAAGACCACGGUGUCUUAUCGCAAGACCUGGUCAGAAGCGCUGCAGAAUGGGACGAUGGACGCAUUUGUUGCCGUCUUAUUAUCUCAGCCGUUGCGCCUCACCCACCUCUUCAUAGGAUCUGACUUUUUCAAGAAAAGUCAAUUCCUUGGCCUGGUGUUGCGAUCUACAAUCUGCGAGGCCCUUGAUUGCGGCCUGCGACUCGACUUUGGACAUCUGGAAUCAGUAUCUUUGGAGCUGUAUUCUGACUAUCUCCGGCCCAGAAACAUUAGGAAUACAGCAGACAUCCUUCCCCUGUUUUAUCUGCCAUCUGUUAAGCAAAUCUCGGCCUCAAUAGACAACCCAAUCGUAUUCUCGUGGCCGUCAACGCAUCAACCUUCUGCUUCAAGUCUCCGUUCGCUAAAACUAACCACUAUACGGGAGGCCUAUCUUGGUCAGUUGCUGAUGGUUGCUGAUCAACUUCGGUCCCUUCACUGGCAGUGGUUUUAUAGCCCAGACUACCUUGACCGGGUUCACACGCCUGUUAUCGACCUAGUCCAAAUCACCACAGGAGUAUCUCACGUUCGAAAUACGCUAGCAGAACUUGUCAUCUCAGCUGUCAGUGAUUCUGGGGGCGAUCCUGACUUGCCUCCAUUGACGAUCCAUGGUUCUUUGAGUGCGAUAGCUGGCUUCGAUAAACUGAGAAGGUUUACCGCCCCGCUUGUAUUCCUUAUGGGGUUUUCGCCGGACGGCACGGAGCGCAUAGAGGAUUUCCUCCCUCGAAGCCUUGAGUUUCUGACUAUAACAGACCACUUAUGCCUACACAACGAGUAUGAGUGGGAGGAUCACGAGGUCUUGAGUGUACUUCGGUCAUGGUUGGAGACUUUUCGAACCUCCACACCCCACCUCUGUGAGGUAGCCCUCUUCUUACAGCAGACAGAUGAUAACUGGAACCAGGCUAUCAGAGAUGAGUUUCAGAAGCUAUGUGUUAGAGUUGGGGUUCAAGGGAAAGUUACUAAACUGUUACAAGAUUUAUACUAGGGACAGGUACUCUCGGAGGGACAGGUACUCUCGGCGCGUCCACUAAGGAAGAAAGCUGCUGGCUCUCCAUAGACCAUAGACUUUGUCGAAG